AUGGCGGCGGCGGGCCCCGGCGGCCGGGCCGCGGUACCGGCGCGGCGGGGGCGGCGGCGGCGGGGGCGGGCCGGGGCGGCGGCGGAGGAGGACGAGGUGGCGCUGGCGGUGGCGGAGUGCCCGGUGUGCCGCCAGGCGCUGGUGGAGGCGGUGACGCCGCCCUGCCGCCACUCGCUCUGCCUCGCCUGCUUCCAGCGCUGCCUGCAGGGCCCGGGCCUCUGCUGCCCGCUCUGCCGCAGCCGCCUCUCCACCUGGGCCCGCCGCCAGCAGGCCCGCGCCGAGCCCGCCGCGACGACGGCCGCCGGAGGAGGCGGGGAGCAGCGGCCGCCGGACCAAGACUUUAUAUUCAGAGCACCCAUUAAAUUAAGCAAACCAGGGGAACUCCGAGAAGAAUAUGAAAGCCAGCUGAGGAAGCUGAGAGAAGAAAAACUACAAGAAGAAAAAGCUUCUGAGGAUCUGAUUCACAAGUUCAUUCUAGAUGACAUGGACGUGGGAAAAAGAAAAAUGGAAGAGCAGCAGAAAAAAGACGAAUCUUUAGUGCUUAAAGUGAACCAAGAGUGUUUUCCUGAACGUCUCUCGGAUUCAGAGAACGAAGAACCAUUCCAGGGCAAGCAAACACAUCGGUCGGCUUUUGUUUCCAAGACCAGUGCCUACUCCUUUGCUUUCCUUUCAGGGAACCUAACCGCCAAGGUGGAAAGGAGUCGGAGCUGCAACGACACCAUUCAGGAGAGAUCAAAGAGCAGGCAGAGAUCAGCCCCAGCCAACAAAACAAAGGUGCCACCCGUCACCAGCACAUCAACGCCGCUGGUUGGAGUUUUGUCGUCCACCCAAAACAACCGCUGCCUCUCCGCCCCAGACCUGACGGCAGAGAAACGCCUGGUCCUCAACCCCGUUUCGUCCCUCUCGGCCCUGCACAAGCCAGAGCGAUCCAUCAGCCCCGAGAGCAAUGACAGCAUCUCGGAAGAGCUCAACCACUUUAAGCCUAUCGUCUGCUCCCCAUGUACUCCUCCAAAGAGGCUUCCUGACGGCAGAGUCCUGAGCCCUCUCAUUAUCAAGUCCACCCCGAGAAACCUGAACCGGAGCCUGCAGAAGCCGACCACCUACGAGGCCAGUCCUAGAAUACUGAAAAAAUGGGAGCAGAUAUUUCAGGAGCGCCAGAUCAAAAAGACUCUCUCUAAAGCAACCCUUACAUCCUUGGCUUCGGAGCCUGGGGAAGACGUUACAGUUCCUGACAUCACCAACUCCAGCACUUGCACUAAAGAGCAGCCGCAAAUGCAGGAUGAUCACCUUCCACCUGACACAACAGGAGACCCUCGCCCCGAGCUGGAUUUCUUUCCUUCCAUCAGUGAAACGAAGCCAGGAAGAGGGAGUGAGAAGAACAGAGAUUCACAAGCCUUAACAACAGACGACAGCGCUGCCGAACCAGAUGCGAGAUCAAAUGUCACCUCCCUAAACACACGAGUGCCCGAAGUCCCUGACCUAAAAGUGAACACAUUCAAGGACAAGUCCUGUCUUAGUCUUGGCCCGAAAAUGCUGAGCAGAAGACUCAUGGGCGUCAGCGGAUCGCUGCCUGACAACAGCACGCUAGGAGUCCCCGUCAAGACAUCGGGAAAAAAGCAGUUGAAAUACCUGAACAACAGCGAAUUGAUCAACGUGCAGAACAGCACCUGCAAUUCCGUUGAGAACAUCAUCGGGGAACAGCCCCCGUCGCUGAGACGGGGCCGGAAGAGACGCUGCAAAACGAAGCACUUGGAGCACAACGGCUCCGUCAAAAGACUGAGGCACGCGGCAGGGGAGGUGGGCUUGCCUCCAGAGGAUCGCUUGGUACGGGAGAUGGAGCAGAAGCUCCAGCAAGAGGAGGAGGACAGGAGGUUGGCCCUGCAUCUGCAGCGGAUUUUCGACAGCGAGAAUAGGACAGUGGAUAGGCGGAAAGUCAGAGUCGAUCGGUAUCUGCUGCGGUCGAAGAGCACUCUGGGCGCUAAGUAGCACUGGUGGACGAUGUUGCCUUUCUAGAGGACAAUGAGGUUUAUCAGAUUAUCUUAUAGGAAAACUAUUUUUUGUCAUAAUUCCACCCACAGCAAUUGUUUUUUCGUUUUGGGGGUAAGACAUUUGUAGGUCCAGUUCAGAGAGAAGCCAGAGUCCUUUCAGAUUAACAGAAAAAAGAGAGAAUGAGAAAAAAAAAAUCCUCUAGCUUUCUGGUCCAUUGGCCUGAAAGAAGUGUCCGUCGUCCCCAUGAA